UGGAAAUUUCGAUUACGUUGACUUUUCUUGGCUGGGAAAAACAAGUCCAAAUCUUUGAACUAGUUCCAUGAAUUCCUCUCACUCUCGCUAAUGGAAGCCCUGCUCUGCGAGAAGCUCGGAGAUCCGGUGGUGCCGAUCACCUCGCCGGCGUCGCCGAUCACCUUGGCGAAGACCCACCCUAUCCCUUCCCUCACCUCGCCGACCUCCGUCCGUGUCCGAGUCCAUGCGACAAGCUUGAACUAUGCAAACUACCUCCAGAUACUUGGGAAGUACCAGGAGAAGCCCCCGCUUCCUUUCAUCCCUGGCUCGGAUUAUUCUGGUGUUGUUGAAACCGUCGGAGAAGCGGUCUCGCGAUUCAAGGUCGGUGAUCGUGUCUGCUCCGUCGCCGGUCUCGGAUCGUUCGCUGAGUUUAUUGUUGAUGAUGAGAAGGAUCUACUUCUAGUGCCUGAAGGAUGUGAUUUGCUUGCUGCUGGUGCACUUCCUGUUGCAUUUGGUACUUCUCAUGUAGCCCUUGUUCAUAGAGCGCAACUCAAAGUUGGUCAGGUUUUGCUUGUUCUUGGUGCAGCAGGAGGUGUCGGUCUCUCAGCUGUGCAGAUAGGAAAAGUUUGCGGAGCAGUGGUCAUAGCUGCUGCUAGGGGAGCUGAGAAAGUGCAGCUUCUGGAGUCAUUAGGAGUUGAUCAUGUUGUUGAUUUGAGCAAGGGAAAUGUCAUAGAAAGUGUAAAGAAAUUCCUGAAGAUGAGAAAUCUCAAAGGAGUAGAUGUCCUAUAUGAUCCAGUAGGCGGGAAGCUCACAAAAGAAAGUCUCAAGCUUCUCAAUUGGGGAGCAAGUAUUCUAGUCAUCGGGUUUGCAAGUGGUGAAGUUCCAGUGAUCCCGGCAAAUAUUGCCCUUGUCAAGAAUUGGACUAUUCAUGGACUGUAUUGGGGUAGUCACAAAAUCCAUCAGCCUCAUGUUCUGGAGGAUUCUCUUAAAGAGCUGCUCUCUUGGCUAUCGAAAGGCUUGAUUAAAGUUCACAUAUCUCAUAAGUAUAGUCUUCAUGAGGCGAAUCUUGCUUUUACCGCAAUUAAAGAAAGGAAAGCAAUAGGAAAAGUUAUGAUUGUCGUCGAGAAAUCCUCUGGAGCAAGAGCAAAACUCUAAUCUCUGAAUCUUGAAUAAGUGGCAGUUAUUCCUCAAGUGUUCUCUUGUAAUAUUAAUAUAUUAUGAAACACUGAAAUAGUUGAAAUAAGAUAUCUGUUCUAAUUAUCUGACAAUGCUGCCAUUCUUCUUAA